UCAAGUUAGUGGAUCAGGGUCAUAUAUAUAUAAAAGUCCAGCUGAAUCUCUGGUCAGUGCCAUCAUUAUUCAAAUCAGAGAUUCUUCUCCUCAGAAGUUUUGCACAAGAUUUGCAAAAUGAUGACCAUGUCUUUGAUCUGGGGGAUUGUUGUGGCAGUGUGUUGUUGUUUAUGGCUGAUUCUUGGAAUAAGAAGAAGGCGAAAGGGUGAACCACCUCUAGAGAAUGGGUGGAUUCCGUACCUGGGCUGUGCUCUGCGAUUUGGUGCCAAUCCUCUUGAGUUCCUCAGAACAAAUCAGAGAAAACACGGUCAUGUUUUUACCUGCAGACUGAUGGGGAAAUAUGUCCACUUCAUCACAAAUCCCUUGUCAUACCAUAAGGUGUUGUGCCAUGGAAAAUAUUUUGAUUGGAAAAAAUUUCAUUUCACUACUUCUGCGAAGGCAUUCGGGCACAGAAGCAUUGAUCCGAGCGAUGGUCACACCAGUGAGAACAUAAACGACACGUUUGUCAGAACCCUGCAAGGCGACGCCCUGAAUUCCCUCACAGAAGCCAUGAUGGAAAACCUCCAACUUAUCAUGAGGCCUCCAGCCCCUUCUGAAUCACAGCUCGCUGCCUGGGUGACGGAAGGGAUGUAUUCCUUCUGCUACCGAGUGAUGUUUGAAGCCGGGUAUUUGACGCUCUUUGGCCGAGAUCUUACAAGGCAAGACUCCAGAGCACACAUGCUAAAUAAUCUCGACAAUUUCAAGCAGUUUGACAAGGUGUUUCCGGCCCUGGUCGCCGGCCUCCCCAUCCACCUGUUCCAGAUGGCGCACCGGGCCCGGGAGGAGCUGGCCACCAGCUUGAAGCACGAGAAGCUGCGGGAGCGGGACCGCGUGUCCGAGCUGGUCAGCCUGCGCAUGCUCCUCAACGACACCCUGUCCACCUUCAACGACCUGGAGAAGGGCAAGACGCACCUGGCCAUCCUCUGGGCAUCGCAGGCGAACACUAUUCCUGCAACUUUCUGGAGCUUAUUUCAAAUGAUUAGGAACCCUGAAGCAAUGAAAGCAGCGACUGAAGAAGUGAACAGAACAUUAGAGAAGGCUGGUCAAAAAAUUAGCCUCCAAGGGAAGCCUAUUUGUUUGAAUCAAAUGCAACUGAAUGACCUGCCAGUGCUAGAUAGUAUCAUCAAGGAAUCUCUGAGGCUUUCCAGUGCCUCCUUGAACAUCCGGACAGCUAAGGAGGAUUUCAUCUUGAGCAUUGAGGAUGGUUCCUAUAACAUUCGAAAAGAUGACAUCAUAGCUCUUUAUCCGCAGUUAAUGCACUUAGAUCCUGACAUCUACCCAGAUCCUUUGACUUUUAAAUAUGACCGAUACCUUGAUGAAAAUGGGAAGACAAAAACUACCUUUUAUAGUAAUGGACUCAAGUUAAAGUAUUACUACAUGCCCUUUGGAUCGGGAGCUACAAUAUGUCCUGGAAGAUUAUUUGCUGUCUAUGAAAUCAAGCAAUUUUUGAUUCUAAUGCUUUCCUAUUUUGAACUGGAGCUUGUGGAGAGCCACGUUAAAUGUCCCCCUCUGGACCAGUCUCGUGCAGGGUUGGGCAUUUUACCACCAUUAAAUGAUAUAAAGUUUAAAUAUAAAUUCAAACAUUUAUGAAUAUAUGGUUGGAAAAAGAAAACCCUAGGUAAUAUUAUAGUACCGCAGACACCAUUACUAAACAGCUCCUCUGGACAAAUGUGUUUAUAGUGGUGGACAUGAUUCAGCAAGGCCGAUUUUGCUCACCGAAGCUGGCUUUGAAGCUUACCAUUUUGAUAACAAUUUCCAGAUGCUAUCUUAGACUGUGCUAGUACAUAGAACUGGGUUCUAGGAGCACAGCAGUUCAGUUUUAUUUAUAAAUCAAUGAAUGUUCACAUAGCCAGGGACUGAACUUCAUCAUUUUCAGAGAAAACAUCUUUUUUCUUUCAAAAUAAGGGUAUGUAUUUCAAUUGGCAGAA